AUGGGGCCCCCAGGCAAUAGGGGAUCAUGGGGCCCCUGUGUCCUUGCCCAAACUCAAAAAAGCCUAUGAAAAAAGGUACCAGGGGCAUCUCAUGGGGCCCUCUACUGACCCCGGGCCCUCGGGCAGUGCCUAGUUUCCAAAUGGUCAGUCCACCCCUGAUUUGGACCUUUUAGCAGUGAUAAUUAAAUUCAGUGUAGAUUAUUGGAUUUUUUUUGUACUAUAUAUGUGUUUUUUGUAAAUAGUUGCUUUUUACCCACAUGCUUUCCAGACACUUGUGCAUUAAACUCCAAUGUUCACGAAUACUGAUUGGGUGUAUAAUAUAUAUU